AUGCCGGCCCUGCUGGAGGACCCAGAGUCCGCCGUGAUAUAUCGGCAAUCUGGGCAGGGUCCGUAUCCGACCCCAGAUAAUCCGCAAAUUCCCUCGUCUAUAUUCCCUAGGCCCGUCACACUCAGGGAUCGUGUUACCAUUGCGACUCUGGUACCUUUCUUCUCGCCUGAAGCUGUGCCGAAAAGACUAUUGGCUUAUCUGUCUGAAAACCUCAACAAGGAGAUCGAGAGUGGAGACACGUAUCCAAUGAUCGACCCCUUGCCUCUCGAGACUUUUGGGCCUUAUUGGUUUGGAAAUUUCGGUGCGGUCAUGAUAUUGGGUGACAUUGGAGGUAUCGAGGGAGUUCAGGAACUGGAUCGAAGUUCUGCCGAUUGGAACAAGCUUUGUCUGGGGAGCUUCUACGUCAAGCCCAACUACCCUGGUCGUAGUAGUCAUGUAUGCAAUGGGGGCUUCCUCGUCACCCCGGCCGCACGAAACAAAGGUGUUGGGAAGUCCAUGGGCCAGUGCUAUCUAGACUGGGCACCUCAAUUAGGCUACACAUACUCUGUCUUCAACUUGGUCUACGAGUCAAAUACCGCCUCUACAAGGAUAUGGGACUCUCUUGGAUUCAAACGCAUUGGCAGGGUUCCUGGCUGUGGAAAUUUGAAGUCGUCCAGCGAACCUGUAGAUGCUAUCAUCUACGGAAGGGAUCUGAAAGCGGAUGGCGAAAACGAUCAAUCCGAGGAGAGAUUCGACAAAAUUCGAUACUACUUAAGACACCAAUUAUACCCGCAAGGCGCGGACAGGUCAGAGAAAAGCCGACUAAGGAGCGCCGCAACGCACUAUAAAUUGGUGGGAGGUCAAGAUGGGGUGCCUGAAAAGCUCUUCUUGAAAGAUAAGGAAGUCAUCUCCGAUCCUCAAGCACAAUAUGAUAUUGCCACACAGAUACAUCUACAGUCCCACGGAGGCAUCAACAAAACCACAGCUCUCAUAGCCACCCAAUACCACUGGAUUCGGAUAAAGGAGACUGUGAGUCAUGUGAUCAAGAACUGUCCCGAGUGCAAGGACGUGAAUAAACCUCCAGUCAUCCGCACCGAGAACAGAGCUCGAAGCAAAACAAUUGAAGAAACCCCGGCGACAUUGCCAGCACCCCCGCCACCGCCUCCCCCUCCCCCUCCUACUCAACCUCCACUGACGGUCCAAUCUCCUGCCGAGGUUCAGAGCACAUCUCAAGAAGAUUUAAGCGCCAAUCACAUGUCAAACCACGACUUCGCUUCAAUACAGCAGCAGAUGAAUCUUGCAAAUGAUCAUUUGACUAGUCCAAACGGCCAUCUACAGAGUAAUGGCAACCUCGAGGCGCAUCUUCAUCCCGAGCGGCAUCUACAUCCUGAGCUGCACUCUGAUCCGCAUCUCCAUGAUGCACAUCUCAACGCCUAUGAUGAGAUGGCUAUAGAUCCACAAAUCAUGGAGCAGAUCCAAGCCAUGGCCGAAUACGAUCAGAACACACAUGCAUACGUUCAAGCGGGAUUAGGUCAAUUCGAGACUCCUCACCUCCAACCGCAUGACCCGCACGAUUUCAAUCACCAGCCUCAAGACCAUGGCUUCAUGAACGACGCCAAUGGUCCCAUGAUGACACACGACCAUGUCAUGGACGAUAGCGGGGCAGGGACCGGACUUAGCAACAUGCAACCGAUCCAGCAUGUGUUGCCCAUGGAUUACCUUGACGCUUCAAACAAUCAGCAGUUUAAACUUGAGCAAUGA